GUUAUGGUUCUACGUAUAGGAACAUUACCACAGAAGAAAGUGUGCUUUCAAUCGGCCCCAGAGGUAUUGAAGAAUUUUGGAUGACUGGUGUUGAGCAGUUAAGUGGCCGGUUUCGCGGAUACGGUGACAAUGCAAGGAUCUUGUUUUUGUUUGUCGCAACGGCAGU